AUGGCAGAGGUCGUCCGCCCGCUCGACCCGCGGGACAUUGUGGCGCCUCUGCUGCCGUCGCUGCCUGUCGCCGCCAUCGCCUCCCAACCCGCCUCGGGCGUCCUCCCGCUGCUCUCGCCCAUCCUCCGCCAGCGCGUCCAGUUCUUGUCCGCGUCGAGCUCCGAGCCCUGGAUCCGCCUGCUGUCCUACGACCCGGCCAAGGCCGCCAAGCUCGCCGAGAUUGCCCGCAGCGCCCGUCUCGAGCCGCACCCGGUCUCGGGCGAGAUCGAGAUCGACUGGGACUCGAGCACGGGCGACCACGUGGAGACACGGUACAAGCGGCUGGACGUGGAGACGCUGCAGGCGCUUGUGCUGCUGCGGGACCUGGACCUCGUGUUCCGGCUCGUGCACUGCGCGGGCGACGAGCAGGGCGCCGGCCCGGCGGGCGGAAGCAGCGGCUGGCGGGUGGGCGAGGUGAGUGUGCCGGACGUGCCCGAUGCGUUUGCGUCCUUUGGCGGGCACGCCACGGUGGCCGAGGCCGAGGGUGCCUUUUCCGCGGUCGCAGCGCCGCCGUUGGCUGCCGGCACCGCCAACCCGACGAACAGCAUACCAGCUUUUGGUAGCUCGACAACCGACAACAACGAUAUCAACGACGACGACGACGACGACGACGACGACUACUGGGCACGGUACGACGCCACGCCCGCCCGCACACCGGCCGUCAAGCGCUCGCCCGCACCCCCUUCGAUACGACAGGCCACCCACAACGAGGACAGCAGCAGCCACGCCGGCCAUGAUCGCAGCAGCCAACCCCCCCACGCAGAGUCCGAGGACGCCUACUUUGCCCAGUACGACACCGUCCAGCCGGCCAUGGACAGCCACGACCCAGACGAGGUGGUCGACGGCGAAGAGGGACAGUCGGGGCUGACGGGCGGCGUCACCGCCGGCUUGAUUCGCAGCUACAACCUCGGCCAGCAGGCGGCGUCCGCGGCGGCCGCGUCGUCCGGCGCUGUGGCACCAGCACCAGAACACGCCGUCGUCGACGACGAGUACGAGGUCGACCACGAGCGCCUCGCCAACCUCGUGCACCCGCGGCCGGCGUCCGCGUCGAGCCACGGUUCGUCGUCGCUGGGCGGUGCCGGUGGGUCCGGCGGGUCGGCCGUGAUCGUGUCCAAGCUCGAAGCGUCGGCCGGUCGCCAGGAGCAGAGCGAGUUUGGUGUCAAGCAGCACGUCUCGCGCAGCAUCAAGAGCCUGUACAUGCUGGCGCGCGCCUCGGGCAUCGACCGCGACGAGUUUGAGCAGCUGGUCAAGACCGAGCUGGACAUGCUGUCGAUGCUCGAGGAGUAG